AUGGGCGGUGACAGUGUGGAGAUUGGAGAGUUUCCUCAUAUGGCGGCUUUAGGCAGACCCUGCAACCAGCUAGACGGCCGAGGAUGCGUCGAGAAAACUGAGUGGUUUUGCGGGGCAUCCCUGAUAUCGGAGCGUUUUGUUCUGACAGCAGCACACUGCGCACAUAUCGGUAUGUCGAACCCACCGACAGUGGUGCGGCUCGGAUCUCGAGAUCUGUUGCGUCCUGCACAGGACUGCAGCAUCCAGGCGAUCCAACAACAUCCGGGUUAUGUCGGCAUCCAAUCGUAUAAUGACAUUGCACUCGUGAAACUGGAGCAACCGGUGAACAUCGCAGGGAUGCUCAUUCGACCCGCCUGCCUGUGGACGAGCAAGGACAUUCCCGAUCAGGUGCCGAUUGUCGCUACGGGCUGGGGAAAGCUCGGUUACUUCGAAGAAUCCUCCACGGUUCUACAGCGCGUCCAGAUUCCGAUCGUAUCGAACGAACAGUGCAAUAAGGUGUUGUAUCGCAGCCGUCGCUUUCCGUACGGAGUGCUUCCGACACAGCUGUGUGCUGGCCACCCGCAGGGCGGUAAGGAUACGUGCGAGGGUGACUCGGGAGGACCUCUACAGAUAGUGCUUUCGUGGGGUGAAACAGGGCGACACUGCCAGCACUAUAUCGUGGGUAUCACAUCGAACGGUGGCAUUUGCGGGACAGUAAACCGACCCGGAAUUUACACGCGCGUUUCAUCCUAUGUCAGUUGGAUCGAACGGAUGCUGCAGAGUCAGCAGUACUAG